AUGAUUGGCAGCAAGCUCCUCCUGAAGCUCAAUGGACGAGUGGGCAUGGUGUGCACUCCAUCGGCAUUGAAACGUUUCAAGGACGUGAAGCUGGGUGACUUGGUCUACUGCUGCGUGAGCGGCGUGAGCAUCGAUGGCCGGUACCUCUACCUGGAUCGCUAUGACCAUGACUGGGACUACUUCGAUCAUCAGCUCCGGCCAUCGAGUCAACCUGAGGUGGGUGCUUAUGGCCGAGAGCACCGUUUCAGCACCUCGAUGUUCUCCCACGACUUGGAUCCCUUGUUCCUUCGAGGUCUGCCAGGACUUGCUGAUCAGGCGGUGGAUGCCUGGGAUGCCAGCGCCGAAGAUGUGGGAAUGGAUCCAGAGGACUGA